AUGGGAUUAUAUGUUUUAUUGUUGAUGCUUUUAGCAUCGAUAAAUAUAUUGGGUAUAGAUGGAAGAAGAACGGGUGGAAUAAAAGCUCGUCUAGUUGAAAAAGAUAGCGAUGAAUCUGCCACUGAUGAAGAUAGUCAUGAAUACUAUGACCAAUAUUCAAAUGAUUUAAGAAUACAUAUGUAUGAUUAUGAAGAUCAAUCAGAAGAAGAUUCGGAUGAAGUUGAAACUGUUCAUGAAUUAAAACCAACUAAUGAUGCCGUAGAUGAUGAAUACAAUCCUGUAGUAGUUUUCAUUAAAAAUACAAAGCCUGCUACAUUGGUAGAUAAAAGAGAUCCAACAACAUCGGAUGAACAUCAAACGGUGAAAUCUAUUAAAAAUCAACAAAAAACUAUGAAGGUAUCCAGUGAUAAAGCAGGCAAUUCAAACGUUACGGUCAAAGGAAGAAAAAACAAAAAACCUACUCAGACUAUUCAAUUAUCUAACGACAGUGUACAUGUUAGUGGCCAUAUUAUUCUGGUCAAACAUCAUUCACCAAUUAGUGACUCAGUCGUAUAUAAAAUUGAUAGUACAUUUUCAAAAAAUAAUAGUAAUCUUAAAUCGAUUCGAACUGAAAUGCCAUUUACUGAAAGUUCAAUUGAACGUGAUAGUCAUAUUACACUCUAUGUUUCAACAUCAAAAGUAAUUGAUCGUAAAUUAGCAUUUUCUAAAUUUUUAAUUAACGUCAAACGAGAUCAUUUUCCACUACCAUUUCAUAUUCAUGUUAAAUUACCAAAUCAAACACAUGAUAAUAUUACAUUAUUUUUUUUUGUUUAUGUAAAAAAUGGUAAUAAACAGUUUUUUACAUUUAUUCCAGCUGGUACAAGUCAAAUACACUUACAAGGAACUAAUCGACUUUUGCAAAAACUCGAUAUUCAUGUUAAAGCAAACGGUACUGAAAUAACCGGUGUAUUUCAUGGUCGUUUUGGUCAAAAAUUCAUCGGAUCAGAAACAAAUCUUCAAGUUUUUAUUAUUCCUGAAAAAAGUUUAGCACUACGUCGAAAUCAAACAUUUGAAUCAGUUGCUCAAUUAACAAUAAGAAAAGCACCUUCUAUAUAUCUAGUAUCAUUUUCAUUGUUAGUUCUCAACCAUGUAUUAAAUCCACAUAAAAACUAUUAUGCUAUUGCUUUUAUCACUGAAAAUGGUACUCGCCGGUUAAUUAAUCAAGAACCAAUAUUAGUAUUUAAUGAAACCAAACUUGUUACAUCUAAAGUUGCAUUUUAUGUUAUUCCUGCAUCAUUAAUACUUCGCGGUUCAAUAAGUCGUUCAAUGGCUGGUUCAUCUAUUCUUCAGCCACAUUCAUCACUUCACAUACAUCUACAUGAAGUUGGUUCGAAUUCACAUAAUAUUAUUUUUAAAUUAUACAAAAUAUCAAAACUCCCAUUCAAUUUUCAAAUGAAUAUUAGUCAGGCAACUCGAUUUGAUCCAACGAAAAACUAUGAUAUAAGUGCAAUGAUAAUCGAUGAGAAAAAUGUUACCUAUAUGUCUAGUUCAAAACCAAUUCUUCUCGAUGAUUACUUAAACGUAAAUAUACCUGUCGAUGAUCUUUUUUAUUAUGUUCAAAUUCGUCUUCAUACCUCCAACAAUGAAAAACUUCAUUAUGUUCCCGGUAGUACAGCUCGAAUGUUUGCUCCUGAAAGCCCUGCAAUGUUAAUGCAGCCAACUGUUGGUAUUCGUAUCGAUUCUAUACCAGAACAUUUUCGUGAAUUUUCAUUUCAAAUCCCUGUUACAGCUUGUUACAGUGACGUCGCUAGUAUACACACUCGACAUAUAUGUGCUAUCCUCUAUCAUCUUCUUUAA